UUAAUUAUAAGUUCUCUGAGAGAACUUUCAUAAAAUCAACAUUUAAUAAGAAUUCGAGAAAUGUGUUUGGUGUGAAAUUUUAAAAUGAUAUGUGGACAAGCUUAUAAGUUAAUAUAGUUAAAUAAUGUUACUCCUUUGUAGAUUUUACCGAAGGGGUGCAGCAAAGCCUCAAAAGAUUACUAGAUAUAUUUCUAUGUGUAAUGUGGCGAAUUGCAGUAAUUUGGAAAGAAAAUGCGCAGAGGUGAUUACAGUACCUGUGAACAGAGUUCCUCCAAUAAACCAAAAACAUGAUGGAGAUUUGUCUCAAGAUCACCAAUCGGAUGUGCUUGCGAAGUGUGUGAAGGAAAACGUCUGGAAACCAAGUCCAAAUAUGGCGUUACAUAAUAUGGGAGGCUACUUUAAGAAACUCUCUAAAUUCCGGUUGACGUCUCUUGUGGUGAUAACAGCAAUGAGUGGCUAUGCAAUGGCUCCAGCGCCAUUCGAAUUGAAUACAUUUUUAUCAUGUUCUUUGGGUACUUUUCUGGUUUCCGCAGCCGCUAAUGCAAUCAAUCAGUAUCACGAAGUUCCCUUUGAUUCUCAAAUGUCAAGAACUAAAAACCGAGUAUUAGUUACAGGACAAUUAACUCCCCUGGAUUCUAUAGCCUUUGCAUUUGUAUCUGCAACAGCUGGAAUUAGUUUACUUUAUUUCGGUGUGAAUGGACUCACUGCAACACUAGGAGCCACAAAUCUUAUUUUGUAUACAUCUGUGUACACACCGUUAAAAAGAAUAAGUAUAUUAAAUACAUGGGUUGGAUCUCUAGUAGGAGCUAUCCCUCCAUUAAUGGGUUGGGCGAGCUGUGCUGGACAUCUAGAUGCAUCAUCAUUUUUAUUAGCUGGUGUCCUUUUUGCUUGGCAAUUCCCGCACUUUAAUGCUUUAUCAUGGAAUCUUCGGCCUGACUACUCCCGUGCCGGAUAUCGUAUGAUGUCGGUUACCAAUCCUGCUCUGUGUCGUCGAACCACUUUGUCAUACACGGCUGCGUUAACAAUACUUUCUGCGGCGGCACCACUUCUUAAUGUCACCAAUAAUUGGUUUGCUUUGGAGUCAUUUCCUCUGAAUGCCUAUUUCUGUUAUUUGGCAUAUAAAUUUUACAAAAAAUCGGAUAGCAACACAUCUCGGACGCUAUUUAGAUUUUCGCUUUUACAUUUACCUUGCCUGAUGCUGUUAUUUUUGUUCAAUAAAAAACAUUGGUUUAUAACGGAAAACAAAACCAGUAUUAGUGAAGUGAACAUAAGCGAAAAUUCUAAUGUAAAUUCUUUAAAUGGACCAUCCCUGACAUCAACAUUAUUGUCUACAGCGGAAAUUAAUAAGAUGUAAUUUAAUAAAAAGAAAAAAAAUAUUUGUGUACAAUAAAAAUGUAUAUGAGGAACAAA